UGAUACGGAGGGGACAGCGGGAUAGACAGACAUUUUUUCAGAGAAGUCACCCAAAAUACCUUAGAUUUGACGUACGUUCGUUGGAGACGAGACAGUUUUUUAGCAUUUUUUAUAAAACGAUUUUCCGAAAGCAACCAUUUGCUGAAGUUAAGUGAUAGUUCGAGUGAUCAUUUGACAAGUUUCAGUCAAUUCGUAUUCGAGAGUGCCGGAAUUAUCGGUAUUUCGCGAACCAGUAUUAUGCGCUGAGUGAAAUGGCUGCCAACGAACAACGUCAAGAGGAGCAAAGGGAGCCUGCACAUCAUGCAAGGCGACCAAUGAAUGCAUUCCUAAUUUUCUGCAAACGGCAUCGUGGCUCUGUGAGAUCUGGCUUUCCACAUUUAGAGAAUCGAGCUGUCACUCGUGUCCUCGGCGAAUGGUGGGCCACUCUCCAUCCUGAUCAGAAACGCUGUUAUACCAACCUUGCACAAGAGUAUAAGGAUGCGUUUUUGAACGCUAAUCCAGAUUUCAAGUGGUACAAAUUACCGGCACCACCACUACGUACUUUAACUACUAGGCCAACAAACAAAAAAACAGAAUUCGAUACGGGGGAGCCAGGCCAGGAUCUAAGCAGCACAGAAUCUGACUUGACAAAGAUAGACAAAAGGGAGGGCCAAUCAAUCCAGCCAGGAAAGUUGGCUGAUGAGUCUCAAAUUGGUGGGCUAAGCUCGCUUUUUACACCACUAAAAGCCCAAACACAGGAAACUGUGCCAAUAAUCAAUGGAAAUAACGACCAAUUGAAUGUCAAUGAAAACAUCAGUGUGCCUAAACCUCCCAAAAAACGAUACACUGAACUUCCACAUCCGGUCAUCCAAAAAAGAGAAAUCAAGGUCGAUUUGUUUGGAGAAAAGAAAAAAGAAUCUAACAACAACAACAAUCAACCAUCUUUGGAUCAGUUUGAAACUGACUACUUUCAGGGUGCUGAGAUAGAAAAGAAUGGCAAUAAUUUGUACUAUGAAGGUACAGGAUCACCUGAGGAAAGUGGAUUUCGAGGUGAAAGAACAUGCAAAGGAUUGCGCUAUCAGAAAUUUCUUGCCGAACAGGUGAGAGCUGUUGGCCCAACAGGACAGCAAACAAGACGAAGACGAGCUGCUGAAUUUUCAAGUCCUGAAGAACAAACAAUUGAGAGGAGGAAUUCAAUUUCUUCAAAUUUCAGUGAAAAGACUGAUUCAGUGAGCAGCGAAGGAAGUGGUAGUACUCGCGGCGAGUUAGAGCACUUAGUGGAAAGCGCGGAGGGCAAGUUGGAGGCCUCAAAGCCAGAAGAAACAGAAACAGAGGAAGCUGGUGGUCAAUUACACUAUGAUACAUGGACACCUCGUAAACGAUUCAAGGCAGAGGAUUUCAAUCUGGAGAAAAAAAUAGAGGCCUUGCCAUCUCUGAGUUUAGAGGAAUUCCAAGAGAAGAAGAAGCAGCAGCGUACCAAGAAGAAAAAGAUUGUCCAAAAGUUAAACUCCAAUGCUUCCAGUAGGAAGCAGAGUAACUCGUCAACUAACACACAGUCGCUAGAUGGGAUGGACAAGGCAUUAUUGGUCGGAAGUCAAAAACGAAAGGCUCGAAAACAAAGUAUAACACGUAACGCUGGAGCAAGUGGUGCAGUCAAAGGUGGUGAUGACCAAGAUACUAAAGAAUGGGGUACGGCGCCGGACCUGGGUGCACUGGCCUGCCUUGCAGCAGUUGCUGCCGAUCGAACCAAACUCAUGAAAUAGUAAUGUCUUCAAAUUUCACGGGAGUUUAAACUAACUUAACGUAAUCCAACCCUCAACACCACCAAACCAAUGUUAUUUGAUACUACGCAUAUGCCUACAUAUAGGUAUAAUAUCCAAUAUAUAUGUAAACAUUAUUAUUAUCAAUAUUAUCAUUGUUAUUAGCAAAACUUUGAUGUCCCAUUAAAAUUUUGAACUCAAAUAUGAGAAAUUAUAUUGCUAUACAUAUAGAAAUAGAUGUACCGUAUAGUAUAGGUAAACAGGGAUAUUUUUUUAAUACUUUAUUACAAGACGUUCAUAAAGCAUAGAUAUACCGCAGUAUGUACCUAACACCGUAUAUCUUUAUUUUCUGCAUCGAAGUUUCAGUUUUCAUGAUUCUUGUUGAUGCCAAUUCGUACAGACAUUUAUUUUGUUUGUUUUGAAAUAAUGUUGAUUUUAUUAUAAUUGUUUUAUUCUUUUCCAAUAACAGUUUAGAGAACACAAAAAAAGUUAUUAAUUUCAGCUGUCAGAUUUUGUAUAUCUCGACCAUUUUCGAAGAAAUUUGUAGCGUGUGACACUUUGCCUGUACGAAUCAUAUCUAUGUGAACCAACCGGAUGUCAUGGUGCUUCGAUAUUUUCUUACAACAUACUAAAUGUAACAUAAAUAGGCAUCUUUAGAUGCAAAUACCUACAUAAUAUCAUAGAAUGGAAGAGGAGAUCCACGAUAAGAAAUUAUUGAGAAAGAAAAGAUUUUUCAAUGCUUAUUUGACAUUGGGUUAGGUUGGUCCUAGGAUGGUGCAACUCUGAUUGAAUCUGUUAGUAACUGAGUUUAUCAUAUACCACCGACUGUGAAAUUGAAAAUAUAGUAAUCAAUAUUGUUAUAAUUAACAGUUGCUAUAUAACCCUGACUAUAUUUUCUGUGAGCGUUUAGUGUUCGUAGUGGUAGCUGGUGCAGUAUUAGAGAGUCCACUACGAUUCGGACAGGAGACGAAAACUAAAAGAAUAAAGAUGCAAAAAAGAUAUAAUCAAAAUGUAUAAACAAACCAUAUAUAAAUAUAUAUAUAUGUAUAAGUGUAUACAUAUAGAAAUACAUAUGUACACACGUAUGUAUAUAUAAUAACAUAUAUUUUGUAAGAAUACUAAAAACUAAUAUAUUUGAAUGUAUAUUAAUACUAUUUAUAUUAACUAACGUAUGUGAGUAGGAUUAGGAUUUUACGAAUGCCAGUUUAUGGCAUUGUUGGAAGAAGUAAGAGACUUGUCUGUGAUUUUGGCUAAAGGAAUUUUUAAUGUUUUAUAUUUUUCUAUCAAUUAUAUCUCUUUAAUUGUGUUAAAAAUCAGUCCUGGAAGCAAUUAUCGAUUGUUGAAUACAAUCGAACUGUUAUGAAUAAUCUUUUGUUGAAUUAUUAAAAGGGGAUAUAGAUAUAUUAAUUGUAUUUCAAACGUGCCUUGAAGGAAGAUAAACGUGUGGUGAUUCAAAAAUAACGACCAAGAUUACAUUUUAUUUGAUUUUUGGAUAUUAUGUCAUUUUGUUUGGUCUUUGUACACCAAUCUGUGUCGUACAUACUAUAACCUACGUAUUAGAUUUUUAUGAUCUGUCGAAAAUUGUUCAAACAUUACAAUAUGAAUGCGUUAUUUGAGAUUUAGCUGCAAGGAGAGUUCAAGAAAGGGUAUUUUGAGAUGGAGAUUUUUCGAAUUUUACUGCACAAAAUCUGUGUAACUAGCUUUAAACAUGUAAUUUACACGAGCAUAUAUUAUAGUACAUUAUAUAUACUUGUAACAUAUUGUAUACUGUUUAUAUAAAUAAAUAUAUGAUAUUUUGAUGUAA